AUGAAGCUUGGCUACUUGGAGGGGUCUAAGCUAGACGAUCUAGGCAUGCACGUGGAGUCCCGACGUCCAACGCUGAAGUUGGAUGAGAAGGGCUUCGAGGUUCCAGUGCCGCGGCCUGGCCGGACACCCUCAAGGCCGGGAAGCAACCAGAGUCAGGGCGGCCAGCGGAAGGACCCCCUAUACCGGACCGGGUCGAAGGACAGGCCUGUAUCACAAGGGCGAGUGUCCCUGAAGGGGACACGUGAUGGCAAGCAAAUGCAGCGCUCGCUUUCCAGGGACCUGGCACAUACUAGAGACGGGUCGCUGAAUCAACCUGGUGUAGUCGAAGCCUCGCCAACUUGGCAGCCGUUGGAGUGGACGCGCCCUCCUCAGAAAGACGUCCGCAGGGAGGGGGCAUCUGUUUACUCAGUUAGCACUCCCGCGACACAAGGCUCUAGGGAGCACCAGCCACACCUGGUGCGCACCACUCGUAUUGAGCCAGCUGCCAAGGGGUACGCGAAUAAGCGCCCGCCAGUGCCUCCAAAGAAGGUUGAACAGAUCACUGUGACAGAGAAAGAUUUGCGCCGCUGUGGCAGUGACUUGCAGAAGCUUCGCGAGUGCAGCAUCGCUGCACCAGCGAAGACUGUGGAAGACGUCCCCAAGCCGCCUCUCAUUGAGGAACCUCGUCGUUUUGAGCUCUCCUUCAAGAGCAACUUUGCGAAGAUUUGCCGAGAAGGGGCUGACCCCAGGGAUCCCUGGGAGGGCCUGGGCCACCCAGACGAGCUCAGGGAGCUCACGGUGGAGGACUUGGUCCUGAACCAGGUCUACAUCCAUGCGCUGUCUCCGCGCAAGAUCGAGUUUGAAGCGAGCAACUCCCCCGAUCAAGGCCGCAAACCGAAGCUGCUGCGGAGUGCCAGCGCUUCAACCAGAGCCAGCUCCGCUGACGUGGCACUGCAGACCUGGCCCAGUGAUGAUCGACGGGAGGGCCGGCGCGCGCGCUUCCGGCCAGGUCUCCCUCCGUCGGGAGAGAGGAACAAAUGGUUCACCAAGCGGGCAUCAAGCCUUGGCCCACGGGAUUCCGCUAUUGAAGCGGCCGAGGGCGCGCCGCAAUCUGCGAGGAUUGAGGGUCCCAUUCAGCCAGUCAACACUGACACCCCUCGAAUAGCGAGGGAAGAUGAAACUCCACCGCACAAGCGCGCCAUGAGGAUGUUUCUGAAGGGUGCUGCGGGUCGAGGAGAAACGCGUGCCGUUUGGCUAGCGCUUGACAGAGUCACUGGCGAGGUUCAGGUCUUCAAGAAAGAGGCAGGCGAGCGCCUGGAAGCCGCUUUCCGCACUGGACGGACGAGCGUGCCGUUGGCCGGCUUGGAGGAUGCACUCGAAGGAGCUAUUGUGUCUUUUGACAAGACUUUGCAGGGCUUCGCUCGCGUGCGCCAUAUGGAUGGAAGUGAAGCUGAUGUCCAGCGGUUCGAAGUGACUGCAUACAGUUACGAGAUGACGGUUGAAGUGGUUGGGCCGCCUCAGGGUUACGAUGCCUGGCAGUUUGCGACCAAGGGUGAGCACGGCCAUGAAAGGCUUCUUCCUCUCAUGGGAACCGAGCUUGUUAGCCCACCUUCGCCAACGUUGCCUCCCGUAAGCCGCAACCGGCCAGUCUACUACAUCAAUGCGGGAGCGGAUUGGGCCGGCAGUGACUCCUACUGA